CCUGUCCCGCGCUUGAGCUGCUUCCGGCGGGAGCCGGAAGACGCUGUGUAUGGACGGAAUCUGGGACCGAAUGACGGCCGGUCGGCUGCUGUGGACGGGCAGGCUAAAUUGAUUGUCUUCCCAGCACAGUGUCUUAAAGGAAUGCAUAGCAUUUCCUAGAGAAAUAUGAGCAUAAGAGGAAUGUGUCGUUGACUCUGAAUUAAAUUUGAGCCUGUCCCUGAACAGCUACAGAAUUUGGAAACUGAAUCAAUGUUAUCAGAUGAGUUAGAAUCCAAACCAGAGUGUUGUCUUUCUUCCCCGCAGCUCCUGGUACAGUUUGUUCAGAAUACAUCCAUCCCAUUGGGACAAGGGCUUGUGGAAUCAGAACCUAAAGAUAUUACUUGCUUGUCCCUCCUUCCAGUGACUGAGGCCUCAGAAUGCAGCCGGCUAAUGUUACCAGAUGAUACUCCAAAUCAUACUAAUUCCUCCAAGGAGGUCCCUUCCUCAGCUGUGUUGAGAAGCCUUCAGGUGAAUGUGGGCCCAGACGGAGAAGAGACGAGGGCUCAGACAGUACAGAAGUCCCCGGAGUUUUUGUCAACUUCAGAGCCGCCUAGCUUGUUGCAAGACCUACAGCCAAGUGAUAGCACUUCUUUUAUUCUUCUUAACCUAACAAGAGCAGGUUUGGGCUCUUCAGCUGAGCACUUAGUAUUUGUACAGGAUGAGACAGAGGAUUCAGGAAGUGAUUUUCUUUCCAGUGAGAGCACAGACAGUAGCAUUCCAUGGUUCCUUCGGGUUCAGGAGUUGGCCCAUGACAGUUUGAUUGCUGCUACUCGUGCACAACUGGCAAAGAAUGCAAAAACCAGCAGUAAUGGGGAAAAUGUUCACCUUGGUUCUGGUGAUGGGCAACCCAAAGAUUCUGGGCCUCUUCCUCAAGUAGAGAAGAAACUCAAGUGUACAGUUGAAGGCUGUGACCGGACAUUUGUGUGGCCAGCUCACUUCAAGUACCACCUCAAAACUCAUCGAAAUGACCGCUCCUUCAUCUGCCCUGCAGAAGGUUGUGGGAAAAGCUUCUAUGUGCUGCAGAGGCUGAAGGUGCACAUGAGGACUCACAAUGGGGAGAAGCCUUUUAUGUGCCCUGAGUCUAGCUGCGGUAAGCAGUUCACAACAGCUGGAAACCUGAAGAACCAUCUGCGCAUCCACACAGGAGAGAAGCCUUUCCUUUGCGAAGCUCAAGGGUGUGGCCGUUCCUUUGCUGAGUAUUCUAGUCUGCGAAAACAUCUGGUGGUUCACUCAGGAGAGAAGCCUCAUCAGUGCCAAGUCUGUGGGAAGACCUUCUCUCAGAGUGGGAGCAGGAAUGUGCACAUGAGAAAGCAUCACUUGCAGCUAGGAGCAGCUGGGAGUCAAGAGCAGGAGCAGACUGCUGAGCCACUAAUGGGCAGUAGUUUGCUUGAAGAGGCUUCAGUACCCAGUAAAAACCUCGUGUCUAUGAAUUCCCAGCCCAGCCUUGGUGGAGAAUCCUUGAAUCUACCAAAUACCAAUUCUGUCCUGGGAGUUGAUGAGGUGCUUGCAGAAGGAUCCCCUCGUCCCCUGUCUUCAGUGCCUGAUGUGACACAUCACUUGGUGACCAUGCAGUCAGGGAGGCAGUCAUAUGAGGUUUCUGUCUUAACUGCAGUAAAUCCACAGGAGUUACUAAAUCAAGGAGACUUAACUGAAAGCCGUACAUGAUCAUGGGUGUUGACUCCUGGAAGAGCAGCUCUGUCCAAUUCCAGAGUGCAUACUUAGUGGGAACAGGAUGCUUAAGGCUCAAGAUCUGCCAGAACCAAAAUGAGGUCCUGCUUUUGCCUCUGGUCAUCUUCCCUGGCAUACAAGAUGAAUAUAGGAAGACUUCUCUUCAAACUAUCAUCUGAUCCAGAGAAGGAACAAAGCAAUGAAUGGGGUGAGCUAGGUAACUACCUAACCUCUCCCUCCCACUGCAAAAUUUUGGGAUGGACCUGUCCCAAAAGUGAAUUUGGAUUAUGUGUUGGCCGAAGAUUCUCGUUAUGAGUUUUCAUCCCAGACUCAGCUGUUUUUUCACAUGGAUGAACUGAUUCCUACCACCAACCAUAAAACUUCACCAGGAAGUUUUCAAGAUGCCUUGUUGCUUUGGAGAAGGGAGUGAUGUCAGUUCUGUUGUGACAUUCUCCCUUUAGCAACCUGAGUAAGAGACUCUUCGCCACUGGGCUGCAAAAAUAAAUUACUUGAAUCCCCCUUG